CAGACGCUCAGAGGAGAGCAUGACUUACAUUCACACAUCAAAACUAUAUUUUGGGCUUUUGUUCUUGAUUCUGUCCUUUCAACAAUGCUGUUCAACAGUUGAUCUGAGUGUGCAGUGUAAGAUCAUCAAUCUUGAGUAUGUGGAGUGCUUCUGGCACCCAAACAUACCAACAAUGAACUACACCUUCAGCAGUGCAUUUCUACAUGAUCCCUCACAAGACUGUCCAGAAUACAUAAUGGAGCACAGUUACACUGUAGGCUGCAGAAUUCCUCUCAAAAACCCUGAUCGGAGGUUUACACAAUUUUCUACAAAUGUAUCCACUGAAAGAAACCACACUUUUGCAAAAACGUUUAAUUCCAUCAAGAGAAAAGUGCAGCUAAACCCACCCUAUAACCUCUCAGUGGUGUGGAAUAAGCAGGACGGCACACUUUCACUGCAGUGGAACAGCAGUUACCCCCUCCCAAAAAACUGUGUAGUCUAUAUGGUGCGCAACCAGAAAGACACAAGACAGUCCUCAAACGUGACAGGAACAUCAUACAGUCUGUCUCAGGUCUCACAGAACAAGCCCUAUGUUUUCCAAGUGCGGAGCACUGUUGCUGAUGUCUGCAGUGCUUCAGAUCUCUGGAGUGACUGGAGUGACCCGGUGGAGUCGGGCACCGGGAACAGCAGACAAGGCAGGUGGCAGGGGCUUUAUGUUGUUCUGUCAGUCCUUCUGCUGUUUCUGCUGGGUUUGAUGUUGUGCUAUUGUGAGAGGAAAAAGAUCAUCUUACUUCCAGUCGUGCCUGACCCUAGCAAGAACCUACAGGAUUUGUUUCAUAAACAUGAUGGAAAUGUUGAGAGCUGGGUUCACAUCUCCAGAGAGCUGAAGGAAGCCUUUGAGCCUGACUACACAGAGCCGUCCUGUGACGUGUGUGAGGUUACACCCUCUUGUGACGCCGGUCUCACACCUGUGGCCAGUCCUGCUUCUCAAACUGACAACUGUGAUGAACCAAGCACUGAAAAAGAGCCUGCAGAUGAACCAAGCACUGAAGAAGAGCAUGCAGGACAGCAGAGCUCUUAAGCCAAAGUGGUGUUAACCACUGUCAGCUCAUUCUUACUGAACAUGCUACAUUUUAAUGUUUUCCUUUGCACGUUUAUUUUACCUCAUUCAUAUCUCAUUUUAUG